UCGUCGUCAAUCUCGGGCCUUUUUUUUCUUUUUCUCUUUUCCCUGUCCACACGGUUUUACCUAGCGAAGCACAGCAGCGCCAAAUUCCAUGGCUUUUUCGUCAGCCUCCAGCUCGCAGGUGCUGCUGCUUCACCAUCCCAAUCCCACGCGCUUGCUUCUUCCGAUUCCCCACGCGCGCGGCGCGAAUGUGCCCAGGCGGCUCCCGCUCCGUCUUCGACUCCGCUCCUCGUCAUGCCAUUUCCCGCCAAUUCGACCGUCUUAUGCUGCCACGCGGAGGACGGAAGGCAUUGCCACGAUUCCUUUUGCGAACGUUACCGGAUCGGCGUCUGACCCGAUUGUGAACGAGCCGGAACAUAAGUCCGACGUAUCGGAUGCCGACGGCGACGAGGAGUGGUCGUCGAAGAAACUGGUAACGUGGGGGCUUCUGUGGAGUCUGAUGCUUAGGCAUAAGUUGAGAAUUGGAAUUUCGGUUCUCUCGCUUGUUGGCUGCACUACUUGCACCCUCUCCAUGCCCAUUUUCUCAGGGCGAUUCUUUGAAGUGCUUGUGGGUGUGAGGCAGGAGCCUCUGUGGAGGCUGCUAGCUAAAGUUGGACUUGCCUACGCCAUGGAACCAAUUUUCACUGUACUGUAUGUUGUUAACAUGAACGUUGUGUGGGAGAGUGUUAUGUCGACGCUUAGAGCUCAGAUUUUCAGGAGAGUUCUGAUUCAAAAGGUGGAGUUUUUCGAUCGGUACAAGGUUGGUGAAAUCAGUGCAUUGCUGACAAAUGAUUUGGGAUCUCUUAAAGAUAUCGUGAGUGAGAAUGUUUCAAGGGAUCGUGGGUUUAGGGCACUUUCUGAGAUCCUUGGGACUGUUACCAUCUUAUUCACCUUGGCUCCCCAGCUGGCUCCAAUUUUGGGCAUCCUGAUGCUUUCAAUUUCAGUUUUAGUUGGUAAGCAAACUUAAACUGAUGGUUUGAUAUUCGUCAAUGAAACAUACAUGUGUAGUGACAAGGGGUAGAAGUUUUCGCUCACAGUCUUGCUAUCCAUACUGUUUACAGAGUAAUGGGUGUGCCUUGACAACUUAGAGGUUUCCUUAGUCUUGUUGGAUCCUCAAAUAUCCCUGCAGGAAAUGCUGUUGCUUAUUUCAUUCUUUAUGCAUUUCCCCCGAUUGGUGAUUGGUUUUUGUUGCUUUGAAGCUGUGUACAAGCGAUCAACUAUACCUGUUUUCAGAGCUCAUGGAAUGGCUCAAGCAUCCAUGUCUGACUGUGUAUCAGAAACUUUUUCUGCUAUUCGUACUGUAAGAUCUUUCAGUGGUGAACAUCGCCAAAUGUCCAUGUUUGGUAACCAGGUUCUUGCUUACCGGCGUAGUGGCAUAAGGCUUGGGAUGUUUAAAUCACUAAAUGAGUCAGUGACGAGAGUUGCUGUUUACAUCUCACUGAUUGCUUUAUAUUGUCUUGGAGGAAGUAAAGUGAAAGCUGGUGAAAUUUCUGUUGGGACUUUUGCUUCUUUUAUUGGGUACACUUUCACACUGACAUUUGCUGUUCAAGGCCUGGUCAAUACAUCUGGGGAUCUUCGUGCAACUCUUGCUGCCGUCGAAAGAAUCAAUUCCAUUCUCUCUGGAGUAGAGGUUGAUGAAACCCUUGCCUAUGGUCUAGAAAGGGAAAUCCAGGGAAAAGAACAUACAGACGAGGCAAUAAAAUUGUUCUCCGACAAUGGUCACAGCGGGAAGAGCACCCGUAACGUGCAUUACAUGUCAGCCUUAAAAUCAGCUAACAACCUAUCCAACCUUGUUUGGUCUGCUGACAUUUGUCUCGAAGAUGUGCAUUUCUCCUAUCCCCUGAGACCUGAUGUGGAAAUUCUACGUGGUCUCGACUUGACUCUGAAGUGUGGUACCGUGACUGCUCUAGUUGGUCCAAGUGGUGCAGGGAAAAGCACAAUAGUUCAGCUACUAUCCCGAUUCUAUGAGCCAACCAAAGGUCGAAUAACAGUUGCCGGAGAAGAUAUCAGGACAUUUGAAAAGACAGAGUGGGCUCGUGUGGUCUCCAUAGUAAACCAAGAACCGGUUCUUUUUUCGGUAUCGGUUGGGGAGAAUAUUGCAUACGGGCUUCCUGAUGAAAAUGUGUCCAAAGAUGACAUCAUAAAGGCUGCCAAAGCUGCAAAUGCACACGAGUUCAUAGUUUCACUGCCACAGGGUUAUGACACUCUUGUUGGUGAGCGUGGAGGCUUGCUGAGUGGAGGGCAGAGACAGAGGAUUGCUAUUGCUAGAGCUCUGCUGAAGAAUGCCCCAAUCCUUAUCCUUGAUGAGGCAACCAGUGCACUAGAUGCAGUUAGCGAACGCCUAGUCCAGGACGCACUCAACCAUCUAAUGAAAGGCAGGACGACAAUGGUGAUUGCUCACAGAUUAAGCACGGUUCAGAACGCACACCAGAUUGCAGUUGUUUCUGAUGGAAGGAUUGCAGAACUUGGGAGCCAUUUGCAGUUGCUUGCCGAAAAGGGUAGAUAUGCUACACUAGUCGGCACUCAAAGACUGGCUUUCGAAUGAUUCACCAGUCCAUUUUAACCUGUUUAACUUCCAUAGCAUAAAUAGGACCACGGCCUUAUGUCAAUUGACAAUGAUGAGUUCUUGGACACGAGUUUUCUCCUUUACACUCAUGCAUUGAGUAGUUUGGUAGCUGUGGAUUUUUCUCAGCGACUCUCCAUAAUACAUAGUUUCUUCCUAUUCAAUUGAAAUUACAGCAUUGAGAAUGGCGAGGCAUUCAGUGGUUGGACUAAGAAAAGUGUUCAUGAAAACAUCAAUGAUUUGAUAAACUGAAGCCACCCCAACUAAUCUGCAUUUCCAUUCCUUGUCCAAUUUCUCCCCUUCUCCACUUCGGAUGCUUCCUCUCAGUUCCUCUGAAGUUAGAACCGUCUUCACCAGCAGUGGAGCUCUGUAUAAACUGCCAGCAGAUAACCAGAAAUCGGGAACAAAUUCCAGAUCCACCUUUCCAGAAUCCGGGUGAAUCCUGCCCCGGAAUGCUUCCGGGACUAUAUCGAUCUUCAGGCCUGGUGGCAAUGGUAAUGGCAAGAGCCUGGUGGUCUCACUCGUCAGUGGUGGAAUGUACAGAGUUUCAGGUCGAAUGAUACUGAUAUGGUCACCAUCUUUUGUACCAAUUCCAGUUCCUGUGCCCCUUUGGCAUUGCAGUGGAAACCAGGAUAUCUGGGAGAUCCCAAGCUUGCAAACUUCCAGAGUUUUGAAGCUGAUACUGUAAGCAUGGGAGUUCGGAAGUUUGGUUUUGCUGAUGGAUGCCUGCUGUUUUGGGUUUGAAGAAGAGGAGGAAACUGCUGUAUUUCUGAAACUGGGUCUUAAAAUUGAGGACUGCCAUUGGAGAGUUUAAAGUGUUGAUCUUGCAACCCAUCUGUAACUGUUUUUCUGAGUGCUGAAGGUAAAACUGGAAAUGGAGAGAAUUGGAGUACUUGGUGGGUGAUGAUGCUGAUGAGUGGAUUAGAUAAGAUAACUCAAAUGAGUUGCCAUGAUAACUCAA